AUGUCACGUUACGAUAUUGUGUUAUAUGGUGCUAGUGGUUUCACGGGGGCCUAUGUUCUUCGAUUGUUGGUUGAAGAACAGAAACAGCAAAAUAUAAGCUUUGCUAUUGCUGGACGAAGUGAAGCUCGGUUAAGGAAACUGCUCGAGAGUAUAGGCCAAGAAUUGGGCAGAGAUCUACAAAAUGUUUCCAUACUUAUUGCCAACAGUUACGAUGAAUCUACACUAUCAGCAAUGGCGAAGCAAGCAAAAGUCAUAAUAAAUGUUGUGGGGCCUUAUCGAUUGUAUGGAGAAGCAGUUGUAAAGGUUGCUGUGGAAAAUGGUGCUAGCUAUGUAGAUAUUUCGGGAGAACCUGCGUUCUUGGAAUCGAUGCAAAUGAAAUAUGGUGAUAUUGCUCAAAAAAAUGGUUUGUAUGUGGUUGGUGCAUGUGGUUGGGAUAGCAUUCCAUGUGAUUUGGGCAUUAAUUUUCUGAAGGAGAAAUUUAACGGUCAGCUGAAUCAUGUGGAAACGUUCGUGCAAUUAAAUACAGGACCUGCGGGUUAUUCUUUCAAUGCGGGCACAUACCGGACUUUAGUUUUGGGCAUGGCAAACAUGAUGACUGAUGGCUUGGGUAAAAUAAGACGAAGUAUUAUGCCAGAACGAUUGCCAAAAAGCUCGUUCCGAGCACCGAAAAGGGGUACUUUUUGGUUCAAUGACAAAAUUGACGGGUGGUGCCUUCCAUUUUACGGAUCAGACAAAAGUGUCGUUACCCGAUCUCAAUAUUUUGAUUACAAGAUCCACAAUGUUUUACCAGUUCAAGUGGAAACAUUCAUUCGAGUCAAAUCAUUUAUUUGGGCUUGUCUACUUUCUCUGUGGCUUGUGGUUUUUUCUGCCGCUGCUAAAAUUUCAUUUAUGAAAGAUUUUUUGCUGGCAUAUCCAGGAUUAUGCAGUUUUGGAAUGUUCAAGGAUUCAGGACCUACCGUUAAACAAGCAUCGUUCAUUUACUUAUUCUUUGGUACUGGUUGGACAGAAAAACACAGCUCUUUGGAUGAAUAUAAGGUUAAACCAACUAAACAGAUCGUAGCUCGUUGUGUGGGUCCAGACGCCGGAUACGUUUCCACUUCGGCUUGCGUUUUAGCUGCUGCAUUGUCGCUGCUCAAUGAUGACGAUAAACUACCACAAGGUGGUGUAUACACAUCAGCGGCUGCAUUCAAAAACACCGGGAUUUAUGGUCGUCUAGGGAGAUAUGGUAUUCGAUUCGAAAUUAUUGACGAGCUUCAGUGA